AUGUCUGAUACCUCAAACUCUCUAGCUCAAGACCAAAUAAAAAGACCUCACAAAGGAGAAAUCCAAAUCAUUUUUGGGCCAAUGUUUUCCGGAAAGUCCACAGAACUUCUGAGAAGGGUUAACCGAUAUAUUAUAAGAGAUGAUUUAUGCUUAUUAAUAAAAACAAAAGACAACAAAUUUAACGAAAAUGAUGAAAAAAUUUACACUCACGACCAUAUGAGUUUAUCAGCAAGAUCAUGUGAUUUAUUAUUUGAGCUCGUGGAAGAUGCAGCCUUAUACGAUGUAAUAGCCAUAGACGAUGGACAAUUUUUCCCAGAUAUAAUUGAGUUUUCAGAUGAAAUGGCGAAUAGAGGAAAAGUAGUGAUUGUGGCCUGCUUAGAUUCUGAUUUCAAAAGAGAGCCAUUUGGAUGUGUCUGCCACUUGGCAGCUAAAUCAGAAAAAAUUACUAAGCUUAGCAGCAUUUGUUCAUAUUGUGGAGAAGAUGCGUGGUUUAGCGUUAGAAUAUCAGGAGAAAAAGAAGUCAAAGUAUACGGCGGAUUAGAAAAAUACCAGCCUGUCUGCAGAUCCUGCUAUUUUAUGAGAACUGGUGCUGAAUGUCUUAAUGUUUAA